GCGCAGAGGCAGGCGAGUCACCGAGAAUUACUUCUGUCUCCCCUCACCACCACCACCACCACUGCCACCCACCUCCUCUUCCAAGGACUCCAGCAACUCUCCAGCCCGGCUCGGAGGGGACAUGGGAACGCGGGGAGCCCUCGAUGCCUGAGGCCGGGCGGCCGCGGAGCUGUCUGCGGGAAGCGCUUCCCAACCGGGGCUCGCCGUCCAUGUACCCGCAGCCGGCGGGGCCUGAAGUCGGGAUGAAUUUCGGCGUGGUCUUCGCGUUCAUCCUCUCCCUGCCCCUGGCCCGCCUGGAGGGGGACCCCAUACCUGAAGACAUUUAUGAGAUUUUGGGUGGCAGCUCAGUGCGCUCCAUCAGCGACCUCCAGCGUGCCCUGCGGAUAGACUCCGUAGAGGAGGACAGCUCGAGCCUGGACCUGAAUGCAACUCAGCCCAGUCAAAACCCGAUGGCCCUGUCUCGAGAGCGACGAAGCCUAGAUGCUCUGGCAGCAGCAGAGCCAGCUGUCCUCGCGGAGUGCAAGACGCGGGCGGUGGUCUUUGAAAUCUCCCGCAACAUGGUGGACAGCACCAACGCCAACUUUGUGGUGUGGCCGCCCUGCGUAGAGGUGCAGCGCUGCUCCGGGUGUUGCAACAACCGCAAUGUGCAGUGUCGUCCCACGCAGAUUCGCGUCCGGCAUGUCCAGGUGAACAAGAUUGAAUUUGUCCAGAGGAAGCCAAAAUUCAAAAAAGUCGUUGUGCCUUUGGAGGACCAUGUGCAGUGUCGGUGUGAAGCAGUGUCCCGUCAGCCCCCCAGGAACAGCCGACCAGGACCACGUGAACAGAGACGCUUGUCACCGUCGUUCACCACAGCCGCUGUCUCACAGAGGCGGCGAGUACGCCGGCCGCCGGCGCAGAAGAGGAAACAUAAGAAGUACAAGCAUGUCAACGAUAAGAAAGUGCUGAAAGAAAUCCUCAUAGCAUAGAAGUGCUGGCAGGGGAGAGAGAGCACAAGGUUUAUUUAAUAUAUUUGCUGUAUUGCCCCCAUGGGGUCCUUGGAGUGAUAACUUUUCUUCUUUGUCCGUCUGCCUCGACGUCUGAUUCAGACGGCAAUUGGUGCUUCCCUUUCCAUCAGUGGACCUUCUCCCACCAAAGCCUCUCCCUUCUUUCAUUUAUUAGCAUAAUUUUAAAGUUUUACACACAAAAGACAAGGACAAACAUGACCUAUAUAUAUAUAUGAGAAAAGAACAAAGUACAAAUAAAACCAUGAACCCUGACAGCCACAACAUGCGACAAGGACAGGACAACGCCUUCCCAGCUCCAGAGGACAGGAUGGAAAAUGUGAAGAGGAAAGUGGGUCCAAUUACUUCCGAGGGGAGGAGAAAAACAAAUGGACAGAGGGCGGAAGGGGAAUAUUCUCCCUUUCCCUCGUGUUUCUGGUAAGGCUGGGGGGCCCGGCUGAGAUCAACACUUGCACUGGACCUACAUUUUGAAAACAGGCAUAUCUCAGAUUGUGAGCGGCGACCAAUGAUGGAAAAUGCACUAAGGACUUUUAUCGCCCUACCUGGACAGAUAUAUAUUUUUAACGUGCGUGUGUAUAUUUUAUUUUAAAAAAGAAAAACCAAAACCACUAAGAUACACAACAUCUCGGGGAACAGAACAAAAAAACAAAACAAAACAAAACAAAACAAAGAAGCCAAAUGCAUUCCCCCCCUCCCUUUCCCCUCCUGCUCCUGGUGCUGACUGGAAGGUGUUUGGAUCGUGGGGAAGGAGCAGACGGCAGCAGAAUCGUCUCCACGCCCCCGGCCCCUGCCAAGGGGAGCCAUCUUUGCACAUGCUGGUGGAGAAUUCAACUUUCCAGGCUCAGACUCAAAUUAUUUUUUAAAUUCGCUCUGUAUGUGUGCGCGUGUAUAUGUGUGUAUAUAUAUAUACGUGUGCGUGCGU